UUUUUUUGUUUAUAAAAUCUACUUUCUUAAAUUUCCUGCAUAAUUUACAAAUUCAUUCCUCACCAGAAUUUUUUAGCUAUUUAUUUCCUUUUUUCCCUUAUUUUUAUUGUUUUUUUUAAGUUUAGAUAAGUAAACGAUAAUUAAUUUUUUAAACAUUCUUUUGUUUGUUAAGGUUAAUUUAGAAAAUAGUUUUUAAUUUUUUUUUUAAUUUUUUGGUUUCCAUGGAAAUUUAUUUUUAUUAUUAAACAUGUGUGAAUAUUGAAUGAUGUCUUUUCAUCUUUUAAACAUUUUUGCAAUUUUUGUCUUUUCUUUUUAAAUGAAAGAAUUUCAGGUUUAUUUUAUUUUUUACUUAAUAUUAAGAAUUUAUUUUUUAAUUAAAAAAUGACUUCAAAAAAUGAUUCUUCAUUUGCAUUGGCUCCUCUAUUAAAUUUACCUCAAAAUGGAACAACAAAACGUCUUUCAAUUAAUUAUGAACAAGAAGCUUCUCUACCUGUGUUUGUCCCAACUUCAAAAAACCCUACAAGUGGAAAGAUGACCUUAUUUUUGGAUAAAUAUGAAAAAAUUGCUAAAAUAGGUGAAGGUUCUUAUGGAAUUGUUUUUAAAUGUAGAAAUAAAGAAACUGGAGAGAUAGUUGCAAUCAAAAAAUUUGUUGAAACUGAUGAAGAUCCAGCUAUUAGGAAAAUUGCUUUUCGUGAAAUAAGAAUGUUAAAACAAUUAAAACACGUAAAUUUGGUUAAUUUAAUUGAAGUCUUUAAACGAAAUAAGAAGCUUCACUUGGUUUUUGAACACUGCGAAAGAACAGUUUUGGAUGAUUUGGAGAAAUAUCCUAAUGGAUGUCCUGAACUGUUAACAAAAAAUAUUAUUUUUCAAUUACUUGAAGCAACUCGUUUUUGUCAUUCUAAAGGAUGUGUUCACAGAGAUAUAAAACCUGAAAAUAUUCUUUUAACUGCGCAAAAUGUUGUCAAACUUGGAGACUUUGGAUUUGCCAGAAUUUUAAGUGAGUUCUUUUCAAAUACCAAAACGCAUUUCCUUCAGGUUUCUGAUGUCUAA